AUGCCCAUUCGUCCGACUUUCAACAUUACCUCCAAAGUACCCAACAAGAUCGCCAGUCUCGCGGGUCCCCACCGAUUAGCCAAACUCCUGUCACUUCUCCCUCACAAUGGCGUCCAGUCUGUCAUUCAGCCCGCUCUAGGAAAUCAUGAUACAUUUUAUCUCGUGACGAGGACGAAACUGAAGUAUAGGGCUGUGGAAUUGAGGGAUCCAAAUGCUGAGAAACCAAAAGGACAGGAUGGCAUUCCGCUCGCCAAAGGGGAUAAUAAGUUUUGGAGACCGGUGGAUCCAAUGGAGAGUGGACCGGAGGCGGGGGAGAUGAAAGCCUCGGGACCAGUAUGGGUUAUGCGGUUCAAAGAUGGUCGUUAUGUUUCGCCGAGAUACAAAUCUGCCAUGCCCGAUCAGCAGAUGAAAUUCGUCGCUCAGGAUCCUUGGCUAGCAGUGGACAAGACUGCCAUACCGUCUGAAACACGCGAAGCUAUUGCUAAGUGGAAGGAGAGCUACGAUCGUCAAGUGGAGAUCCGUGAGAAGGUGAUGCUCAAGCAGAAGAAAGCCAGGGAACAAUUCUUAAAGGACCAGGAGGCCAAGAAGAAGGAGAAGCGGAAGAAUCUAGAGUCGUGGAGGAGGCAAGCCAGGAAGGUUUCGAUAUUGUAUUAG